UUCAUCAAUAAACAACCCCAAGGAGGCAAGGAGAAGCUCCUACCCCUCAGUAAAAGACUGAAGUGAAACCAGACCGACAGUGAUGAAACUUUGAGUGCUUGACCAUGGAGGAUAUGCUUAGGUUGAAUUCUUGACUCAGUCAAUGGUUAUGAGAGAGAGGGUUUCAAGGUUCUAAUUUUUGCUACUGAGUGACAUGGGUAUAUUUGCCUUAACUCAGAGGUUCUUUCAAGCUGAGAUCAGAAAGCUACUAUUGAUAAUUGGGUUGGCAGUUUCUAUCAUAAUCUUUUUUCAGUGUUCUGCACUUUCUUAUGGGAAAAUGUUUUCUUCAUCACCUACUAAUAAGAGUUCAAUAGUUAAGCUGGUAAGCAAUGCCACCACUUCAAAUGAUUCGAACAUGGCUGAACUCUUUGUUAAUGUGGUGGCAAAUGAUGCUAAUGGCUUCAAUCCUGAAGAAGAAGCUAGGUACAGGACCAACAUGCCCCUUUCAGAGGUUGACCAAUACCAUGAACUGACAUCAAAGCCGAGGAUAGCCCAGGGUAAGAGUUUGAUGACUGGUUACAUUACUCAUACAGAUGAUAGUUCUACUCAGGUGAAGGCUGCAGAAAUUAUGCAUAAUCACUUAGGGAUGGUGGAAAAAACUAAAAACAGUGACAUGAUGAUCAAUGAUCCAAAAACCACCACUGGCUAUGGUGUUGUGCCGUUUAUAUCAGCUAUAGUCCAUGCUGAAGGCCUGCAAAACUCGAAUCCUAGUUCAGGGUCUUCUGGCUCAUUAUUGGGUGCCAACUUAUCUUCACCAAGCAAUGCCAAAACAUCUAUUCAAACACAUAAUAAGAAUUUUAAACCAUUGCAAAAUGCAUCAGUCAUAUCUGUAUCCGGGAUGAAUUCAUUAUUACUUCAAAGUAUUGAUUCUUCCCACUCUUUGAGGCCAAGACGAUCUUCUGCUCGUGAUCAUGAACUUUUAUCAGCAAGACAAGAGAUUGAGAAUGCUCAUGUUUCAAGAAAGGUUCCAGUGCUUCAUGCGUCAGUUUAUCAGAAUAUAUCCAAGUUUGAGAGGAGUUAUAAGAUGAUGGUACAAAUACUCAAAGUUUACAUAUACAAGGAAGGAGCAAAGCCCAUAUUUCAUCAGCCGAAGACGAGGGGAAUUUAUGCCUCAGAAGGAUGGUUUAUGAAACUAAUGGAAGGAAACAAAAAGUUUGUUGUGAGGGACCCCAGAAGAGCUCAUUUGUUUUACUUACCCUUUAGUUCGAAUAUGCUAAGGAGUGCAUUAAAUGGACCCGAUUUUCAACAUGUCGAGGACUUACAGAAAUACCUCAAGGAUUAUGUUCAGUUGAUUGCUGGAAAAUAUAGCUUCUGGAACAGAACUGGAGGCGCUGAUCAUUUUCUUGUUGCCUGUCAUGAUUGGGCGCUUAAAUUGACAAAGCACAUCAGAAGUUGUCUUAGGGUUAUUUGCAAUUCCAAUGCAGCCAAAGGCUUUGAAAUAGGAAAGGAUAUCACUCUUCCAGUUACGUAUAUACGUUCCGCGGAGGCUCCUUUGGAAAACCUUGGAGGAAAGCCACCUUUAGAGAGAAACAUUCUGGCUUUCUUUGCAGGAGGGAUGCAUGGUUAUCUUCGACCAAUCUUACUGCAGUAUUGGCAGAACAAAAUGUCUGAUAUGAAAAUCUUUGGACCAAUGCCCCGCGAUGUUGAAGGUAAGAAAAAGUACAGGGAGCAUAUGAAGAGUAGCAAGUACUGCAUAUGUGCCAGAGGUUAUGAAGUUCAUACCCCUAGAGUGGUCGAAUCAAUUCACUACGAGUGCGUGCCGGUUAUCAUUGCGGAUAACUAUGUGCCACCAUUCUUUGAGGUGUUGAACUGGGAGACCUUUGCCGUUUUUGUUCAGGAGAAAGAUAUCCCUGAUUUGAGAAAUAUUCUACUCUCAAUCCCCGAGGAGAAGUAUUUGGAGAUGCAUGCGAGAGUAAAGCUGGUGCAGCAGCAUUUCCUUUGGCACAAAAAGCCCGUGAAAUAUGACUUAUUCCAUAUGAUCCUCCAUUCAGCCUGGUACAGCAGAGUUCUUCACAUAAAGACCGGAUGAAAAGGCUCUCAUUCUUUAAGAUCUUGGAACUGGGAAAUGAAGAAAUGAGAUAGAAGCCAUGGCUGAAUUGCUGAUGUUUACUUGAGAAGUGUAAGCUUUGCUGAUAUAACCGAAAGUUUCAUCGAACAACUUGAGAACCAAGGACAUGCAGUGACUGCUUGUCAUCCAUGAGCUGUGAGCUUUUGAUCUUCACGACUGUCUUGUUUGCUUUUAACUUUUGGUGCUGUAGAUAUGAUGUAAAAAUAUUC